AAUCCAUCUGGAGUCUGCGGAAAUCAUCAACGGGACAAUUUUCCUUUCCUUAGCUAGCUAUCCAUCUGUCAGCCCUCUGUUUCUCCCUUCAGUUCCCAUUGCUGUCAAGACGCCACACUGGCGAUGUCGGAGUCUUACGAUUUCCUGUUCAAAUUCCUGGUGAUUGGGAAUGCUGGAACCGGCAAAUCCUGCUUGCUGCACCAGUUCAUUGAGAAGAGAUUCAAGGAUGAAUCCAACCACACGAUUGGAGUGGAGUUUGGCUCUAAGAUCAUCAGUGUGGUCAACAAAAUGGUCAAACUGCAGAUUUGGGAUACUGCAGGACAAGAACGCUUCAGGUCUGUGACCAGAAGUUACUACAGAGGAGCAGCAGGAGCGCUGCUGGUCUAUGACAUCACCAGUCGAGAGACGUAUAAUGCUCUGACGACAUGGCUGAGCGAUGCCAGAAUGCUGGCCAGUCAGAACAUCGUCAUCAUCCUGUGUGGAAACAAGAAGGACCUGGACGCUGACAGAGAGGUCACGUUUCUGGAGGCGUCACGUUUUGCCCAGGAAAACGAGUUGAUGUUCCUGGAGACCAGCGCUCUAACAGGGGAGAAUGUUGAGGAGGCCUUCGUCCAGUGUGCUCGGAAAAUCCUCAACAAGAUAGAGUCAGGAGAGCUGGAUCCAGAGAGGAUGGGGUCAGGUAUCCAGUAUGGCGAUGCUGCACUUCGACAGCUUCGUUCUCCUCGUCGCACUCAGCCACAGGGCACCCAGGAGUGUGGCUGCUAGUGGGCGCAACCAGUGACAUACACAGACGAGUGUUUUUCAGACAGGUUUGUGAAGACCAGGAGAAGAAGAGCCAUGUGAGACCUAAACAAUGUUGGGUUCAGGUUGCUAUGCUGGUGGUGACUCCUCUCUGACCUUCUCACGGAACCUUCAGAACCUUCGUUGUCAUGGCUGCACCCGCAGAGAGCCCCACCUCCCAAACAUCCACUCUCCAAUAACCCACUCCGCUGUUGGACAAAACCCAAGCUAUCCCCGAAUCAGGAUGAGAAUGACUGACAUUUGUGUAACUUACCUCUGUCUUACUUGUUUUCCUAUCAUCUACACUACAUAACUAUUUGUAACCCUUUCUUUAUUCUACCCACGCUCCAUCCCCCUGCUCUUAUUUCCUAUUAAUCCUCUAUACCACCUACUUAACUGCUUGCUUCUCUGUAUGAAACACACACGUAACAGACACACACUCCCUUCAUGCCUUUUUAACUCCUUGCUUACACAUUUUCUCCCUGGCAAAUUACAUUAAUCACCACAUCCCCACACUGUGCCUGGACCUGCUGAGCCUACGCACAAACCUCCCCUCCUCCCCCCUAUCCCUUCCUCUCUUGCAUUGUUUUACAUCCCAUCUUUCUCUUUCUUACCUUUCUUCACAUCUAUUUGCCUGUCUCUUUAUGCAGCGCUCUCUCUCUUUCUAAAUUUCUGCCCUAUCCCUUCUACAGCAUCUGUACUGUACUGUACAGUGUUUCUGUAUAUACAGACUGACGCAUGUUUUCUCCAACAGAAUAUCAGAGUAUUUCAUUUAUGAAGAGAUAUUAUAUGUAUAUUGAAGUAGAUAUCAUAAUCAGCAUCUGUUUCAUUGUUCACUGUAUUAUCAUUGUUAUUAUUAUCAUGUUAAGCUUCAAUACACUGGCAACUUGUUAGCAGUAUACAUGAGCAGUACUGUUUGCAGCAAUUUGUAUAUUUGUAAAUGGGACAAGUUGAUGUGGAUGACAUCACAGACUAACUUGUUUAAGUGAAAAAAUGCUGUUUAUCAAUGUUCGUGCUCAUACAUUAAAUAACAGACGCAGAGGGGCAGAAAUACUAAGCAGACUUUUAGUUCAGUUCAAUCAUCUGGAGAGAAAAUUUUAUCUGUCAUAUCUUAAUUUACACUUGUUCACCCAGCAUUCACCUUUCAGAUAAAUGAUCUAUCUGAUUGUGUAAUAUCCCUUCUUUAAAUGUUGUUUACAUGAAUAACUGACUGCUGUGGUAAAAACCAAUCAAAUGCGUUUCAAGUUUUAGCAACGAUGUGAACCUGUCUGACGUGUGCUUGGUUAAUUUUGUCUCUAAAGAUACUGUUUGUCUCCCAAAAUCUAACGGCUAAACACAUGAAAACACUUCAAUUUGGGGAUUAGUAUUUUUUACAUGUAAGAUUUAGAUUUAAUGAGAAAAGGCAGGUGUUUUAAAAGUUUCUUUACCUUGUUGUGACUGGUAUAAUGGUUGACAUAGUUGUAUUCAAGCAUGAGGACGCCAUUCUUGUGUUUUUAUUUACAUUUUUUGACAUUGUAGAAAUUAGAAAUGAAUAAAACAAACUUUUUAAUCAAGCACACCUCAAACAAUUGGUCUGAUAGUGGCUUUGGCUGCUCUACAUCAGGUUGCUUAUUGUCUCGUGUUUAUGUCAUCAAGUCCUUAGUUUAUAUUUAUGUAUGUCGGUUUUUCUCUUAUUAUGAAUAUCAUGGAUUUUUAAUUUAUUGUGUAUGAUAAAAGGAUAUGUUUUUAAAAUAAAA